CCCCAGAACAGGAAUAGUGUUGUCCUUCCUCCCUUCCUGUCUGUGUUUAGUGGUUAGUCUGGGCCAGGGUGUUGUAGCAUGUUGUCUCCUACUCUACAAGAGAACAGGAGCCUGCUGCCAUUUGAUUUGUCUGAGUUCCAUUUCUUAUCCCAUUCUACACUGUCUAUGAUCUCUGAAUGCGUGUUCUUGCUUGAAAUGUGUAACUUGAAAUGUAUCCCCGUCAGAAUGUAUCUGACCAGUGUUUUCCUUUUCCCCUUCUUCCAGAUGUGGUGACGGAGGAGUUCUUUGAGUACGAUGCUGAGGACUUCCUGGUGUUCCUGACCCUGUUGAUCACUGAGGGACGGACUCCAGAAUGUUCUGUGAAGGGUCGCACAGAGGGGCUGCACUGCCCCCCUGCAAAGUCCGCCCUGCCGCCUCUACACAGGCACGAGUGCAGCGACAAACUGCCACAGUGUGUGCAGGCGCGGCGUGUGCGCUCGGAGGUGUGUGUGUUGUGGAGGAACAGUACUCCCAUCAUGGUGGAGGUGAUGCUGCUGCCAGACUGUUGCUAUGGAGACGAGAGUCCCCCUAGUGACCCCAUCAGUGACCCAGCGAUCAAACAAGACGCUCUGCUACUGGAGCGAUGGACUCUGCAACCUGUACCACGACAGAGCGGUGAUAGGUUUAUAGAGGAGAAGACUCUGCUGUUGGCUGUUCGUUCCUACGUCUUCUUCUCCCAGCUCAGUGCCUGGCUCAGUGCUUCUCACGGCAUUGUACCCCGAAACAUCCUGUAUAGGAUCAGUGCAGCAGAUGAGGAGUGUGUCUGUCAGUUCUCCCAGCCCCCAGCGGUGCACCUGUUCCCUGUCCCUAACGUGUCUCAGAGUGUUGCCCUGAGGCUCAGGGUCCAGUCACUCCCCCGUCAGCCCACCUACCCCACCCUGGCCUGUAGCAUACACACCGGCCUGACCCUGGCCCCACUCUACAGCAAGACCCCCAGCCUUAAGUCCAACCUCAGCCCUAACCUCUACAGCAAGACAUCUAGCCUUAACCCAGGCCUGAACCCUAAUCCGCCUCUGUACGAGAGGAGCCACAACUCUAAAGAGAGCCACAACAGAGCGGCUCUGCCUUUCUCUGGCCUCCCCUUCCCCAGUCCUGCCAGUCUCCCCCUGCCUAGUAAGAGAGGCCCGGACCCCACAGACAGCCAUGGUCAUUCUAGCCAGAAUGGAUCAGACCUCCCCCAGGUCAAUAAGGGGCAGACCUCAUCCCCCUACCACCUCCCCCUCUCCCCACGGCCCUCCCCCCGCCCCCACAGGAAGCUGUCCUCCACUCUGCCCCUCCCCCCCGGGGGAAAGACUGUCAGGUGGCUCUAUGCCCUCACCUCAGACCCCUCCGAUGACAUCACACACACCACCGAGGAUUAUGGGAAGGCCGUCAACGGGGCCGAGAGCUCCAAGGGGAGUGGCUCCGAAGCCCUCCGGGCCUUUAAGACUUAUUCUUUGGCAGAGCCCCCGCGGUGCCCCUCCCCCAGACCCUCCUCUGAGACCAACCCUCUGAUUGGCUCGCUGCUCCAGGAAAGACAGGAAGUCAUCGCCCGGAUCGCUCAGCGCCUCAACUUCUGCGACCCGACCGCCCCCCAUCUCCCCCCUGCCCUCUUCACCCCCGACACCCCCACCAAGACCACUGUCCGGAGCAGUUACCUUGGCAACACCACGCUCUGCAAGACCAAAGAGCCAGAGGGAGCUCCGCCUACUGAGGACACCCCACCCUCCCCUUUCGACACGCCCAUUGGCGAUGCAGCAGCUAUUAUCAGGGAGACGCUGUCCCCGAAACCUGUUGCCUGCCGCAGACUGAGACUCCCAGAGGACAGAGAUGGAGAGAGACUGAGAGACAGAGACCAAGUCAGGGAGACACUGAGAGACCUGGAGACACAGAGAGACAGAGCGGCGUUGAGAGACCGACAGCGAGAGAGAGACAGUAGUCUCUUGUCUCAUGCUGUUCAGGACAUUACCAGACUGAUUCAGGACAGACUGUCUGUCCCCUCUCUGUCCCCAACACACAGCCGCAGCAGCAGCCCGCUACACAAACCACAUACACACAGCACACACACGCUGUGCACUGACACACACACCACACACCGAGGCGGCAACAGUCAUAGCAGUGGCCACUGCAACGGCUACACACCCAGCCAUGACACACACACUCCCUCACACACACCUGCUAGCACAGACAGAGCUGGUGCUCCUCCAGAGACAGACAGUCCAAUCAGAGCCCAGAACGGCUGUUCAACACUUGAAGAACAUCAGGUCAGCCCCCAACUCCAAAUCCUGCCCCAGUCUUCUUCUCUAGUCAUCCCACGGCCUCUAUCCCAGCCCCAGUCUUCUUCUCUAGUCAUCCCACGGCCUCUACCCCAGCCACAGUCUUCUUCUCUAGUCAUCCCACGGCCUCUACCCCAGCCCCAGUCUCAGGCCUCUCCUCUACUCAGCCCCAAGAGUCCCAGGGCCAAGACCUCAAAGAGUUUACACCCCAACCGCCCCCAAGAGGAGCCCAGACCCUCCUCUCAUAAAGACAACAUCCUGAGGACCAUCCAGACCCUGACAGUGACCCAGACCACCACCCUGACCCAGACCACUGCACAGACCUUGACCACUAAGCUCACCCACACCCAAACCACUGCUCUCAUCCAGAACCACAUGAAACCUCUGACUCAGUCUCACAACCAGACCCAGACAGUCUCUCGAACUCCACCCUCACGGACUCAGGGCAGCCCUCGAACCCAGCCCUCUAGUCUCCAGGAUGAGAACCAGCCCCCCCCAGGUUCCAAGUCCUCCAGCCCCCCCAGUCCUGCUACCACACCCCCUGGCACAGAGCCCAACACUGUCCUGCGUUCUCCCUCGCCCCUGAGACCGUGUAACAGUCGGAGGAAACACAACCGUCACUCUCUGGAUUCCACCCUCACCAAGGCCUUCCACCCCUGUACCGGCCUGCCCCUGCUCUCCAGCCCUGUUCCUCAGAGGAGAACUCAGACUGGUUACUUUGACCUGGACUCUUCUCUGACCAGCUGUAAAGGACUGCCCUGGACCGCAGGGAAGAGAGUGUGUGUGAAGAGAGUGGAGGAGUCAGAAGAACCUCAGCCGCUGUUCAGUGCCAGUGCUCCACCUGCCAGCCUCAGUCUACUGGGCAACUUUGAGGAGUGUGUGUUGAACUACCGCCUGGAGCCGUUGGGGUCGGUGGAGGGUUUCACGGCCGAGGUGGGUGCUUCCGGAACCUUCUGCCCCAGUCACAUGACCUUCCCCGUUGACGUUUCCUUCUACAGCGUCUCUGACGACAACGCACCCUCGCCAUACAUGGUGAGACACACCUACAGUACAUACACAGACAUAUUAUAUAUAUCCCCCACACACUUUAUAUACCCUGAACAAAAAUAUAAAUGCAACAAUUUCAAAGAUUUUACUGAGCUACAGUUCAUAUAAGGUAAUCAGUCAAUUGAAAUAAAUGAAUUAGGCCCUAAAUUAUGGUUUUCACAUGAGUGAAAAAGCAGUCAGUAUCUGGUGUGACCACCAUUUGCCUCAUGCAGCGCGGCACAUCUCAUUCACAUAGAGUUAAUCAGGCUGUUGAUUGUG